AGGAAGCAGAGUUUCAAGAUUGUCACGCAUGCGCGAUCGUUACUCCCCCCCUGUAUAGGAGACAUGGCGACGUCCCUGAUUUGCGGCUGUUUGACGGCUAGCCUGAGAACAUCAGGCGCUAGAAACACUAUUGGUGCUGCUUCCAAGGUUCUUGGUGGCUCCACAGGUUUGUUUGGAGGCCAUGUUCCCCAGCCGCAGCCCCCACACCUGCAGCAGCAGCAGAGGAACCUGUCCCUGCAUGAAUACAUGAGCAUCGGCCUCCUCAAAGAGGCCGGCAUCUCUGUGCCGGACGGCAUGGUGGCCAGCUCCUCCGAGGAGGCCUACGCCGUGGCCAAACAGAUCGGUUCAAAGGACCUGGUGGUGAAAGCUCAGGUCCUGGCCGGCGGCAGAGGAAAGGGGACGUUUGAGGGUGGACUGAAAGGAGGCGUGAGGAUCGUUUACUCGCCAGAAGAAGUCCGGGACAUUUCCUCCCAGAUGAUUGGUCGGAAACUGUACACCAAGCAGACUGGAGAGGCGGGUCGGAUCUGCAACCAGGUGUUUGUCUGCGAGCGCCGGUACCCACGAAGAGAGUACUACUUUGCCAUCACCAUGGAGAGGUCCUUUCAGGGCCCGGUGCUGAUUGGCAGCUCGCAGGGGGGCGUAAACAUCGAAGAUGUGGCCGCAGAAAAUCCAGACGCCAUUGUGAAGGAGCCCAUCGACAUUGUGGAGGGCAUUAAGAUGGAGCAGGCUGUCAAGGUUGCUCAGAAAAUGGGAUUCCCGCCAGCGCUGGUGAACGAGGCGGCGGAAAACAUGAUAAAACUCUACAACCUGUUCCUCAAAUACGACGCGUCAAUGCUUGAGAUCAACCCGAUGGUGGAGGACUCCUCCGGCAUGGUGAUGUGCAUGGAUGCCAAGAUCAACUUCGACUCCAACGCGGCGUAUCGCCAGGAGAAGGUGUUCGCCAUGCGGGACUGGACUCAGGAGGACCCCCGGGACCGGCAGGCGGCCAAGGCUGACCUCAACUACAUCGGCCUGGACGGAACCAUUGGCUGUCUGGGUCAGCAUCAUCAUCUCAGCUGUCUGUCUCUAGUAAACGGAGCCGGUCUGGCCAUGGCCACUAUGGACAUCAUCAAGCUCCACGGUGGCACACCGGCCAACUUUCUGGACGUCGGAGGCGGAGCCACAGCUCACCAGGUGACCGAAGCCUUCAAGCUCAUCACCUCAGACAGGAAGGUUCAAGCCAUCCUGGUCAACAUUUUCGGAGGCAUCAUGAGGUGUGAUGUCAUCGCGCAGGGCAUCAUCAUGGCCGUGAGAGACCUGGACCUCAAGAUCCCCAUCGUAGUAAGAUUACAAGGGACGAGAGUGGACGAUGCCAAAGCUCUGAUAGCUGCCAGCCCACUCAAAAUCCUCGCCUGCGACGACCUGGACGAGGCGGCCAAAAUGGUUGUAAAGCUUUCUGAAAUUGUCUCAUUGGCUAAAGAAGCUCAAGUGGACAUCACCUUCCAGCUGCCCAUCUAAGACCGUCGCCUCCUUCAGACAACUAGAUUCCACCCCUUGUCAGCGAAGUAAACAAGAAUCUUUCAACCCACAUUUAAGUUCACUUUCAUAGUCUUUUCUUUCUCUCUGGUACGAUGGCAGGAAUGUGAGCAGCUUCCAUCUUUUAAAGGGUCAGCCUCCUGGUUUUUUUCUUUACGACUCUGAGAUCCGUCUUCUGUCUCAACCCCCAAAUCUCCUCCC